AUGACAAAUUAUUUAGACAGUUAUAAAAGUAUUUUUCUCGAUAUAACAUUAAAAGAUUUUUGGACUGUUUUCUCCAUAAUACAUAAUGAAAAUAAUCUUCAAGAACGUGAUAAAUGUAUAAAUGAAUUAAUUUAUUUUUGGUCUCGCCACGCAUCAUGUCCGAGACAUUCGCCAGUAUCGUUCUAUUUACCGGUGCUGUGUGUUCGAACCGGAUUUGAUCUAUUUUUACGCCUAAAUAAUUUUCCAUCGAAUAGUCAAAUAAUAAUGUCAGCUGUCAAUAUUCCAUCAAUGAUUACUCUUGUGCAAUAUCAUAAAUUAACCGUUGUACCAUGUGAUAUCGACCGGACUUCAACCGGUUCAUCAGUAGAAAACGUUGAGAAAUUAAUAACACACAAAACAGUUGCAAUUGUAUUCGCUCAUAUUUAUGGACGGUGUUACGACGUAUCGAAGCUAAUCGAUUUAGCUGACAAAUAUAAUCUUUAUUUUAUCGAAGAUUGUGCAGAAUGUUUUUCCGGUUUUUGUUCAUGUAACGUACAAAUGCAAAACCAAUCGGAUAAUAAAAUAACCAACAAUAAUCAAAUACAACUAUUGACUUCACAUCGUUAUUAUCCAACUAAUUUGUAUUGUCAUACACGACUAUCAUCAGCAGACACAGAAAUCAAAACAGAUGAUAAUCAAUUGGAGAAUCAGAAAUUAUGUUAUCUUGGUCAUCCACGUUCACAUUUAGUGAUGUUUAGUUUUGGUGUAUUGAAAUUUUGUACUGCUCUUGGUGGUGGAUUAGUAAAGAUUUCUAAUUAUGAUUUAUAUAUGAGAAUGAAAACAUUGUAUGAAAAUGAUCCGGUGCAAAUCACUGAACAAUAUUAUUUAAAUGUUAAAAAAUAUUUUUAUUUAUAUUGGUUAUUAAAUAUUCCUCAUAUUAUAAAACCAUUGAUGUACAUUGUUCGAUACUUUCAAAUUAAUCACAUGGAAUAUGCUAUUGAGCGUUUAAGAGCAUUUUCUAAAACACAAUCGACUGAACAGGUUUUCUCAUAUAUUCGACGUCAACCAUGCAAAGCAUUGCUAGUAUUUUUAUUGAAACGUUUUCAAUCGUAUGAUUAUGAAUUGAUUGAUAUUCAACGGGAAAAAGCAUUGUAUGUUCUUAGACAUUUAAAUGAAUCAAACUCACUAAAAUUUGUUGGAAUGAAUGCGUCAGUUCGAAAUUUUUGGUUAUUUCCAAUUAUUGUUCAAAAACCAGAUCUAUUUGUUAGAUUGUUAUCAAAAUCACAUAUUGAUGCAUAUCGUGGUACCACUCAAUUAAAUGUUGCUACAAAACAACUAACAGGAACUUCUAUUGUAUUGCCAAGUAGUAAUGAUAGUGUGCCAACAAAUAUUAGUGAACAACAAAUAUAUUCAUGUCCAAAGGCUGAAAACUUAAUUGAUCAUGUGAUAUAUCUACCUGUCAAUCGACUUGUUCCUUACAACGUUCUUGAUCAAUUAAUUAACGUUGUUAAUAACAUCGCUAAACAAAUUGAUCAGUAUGCAAUAAAAUCAAAAUUAUAA